CCUUAAAGCAAUUUUAGUUAAAAAAUUUGAAGGCUAAUAAAUCAAGAACAAUUCACAUAUAAACUGGGAAAGAAAGUGAGAGAACCUCACCGUCAAUUAUUGUGUAAACUUGACAGCUUCUCCGUAUCUUCUAGCUUCAUGCUCUACAAGGAAUAAAAAAAAGCAAGCGAACAUUCUCGGUCUUUCACUUUUUCAGUUGCUAACGUUUCCAAUCAUUUUAUUUUUUACUGACAUAAUAUCGAUUUAACGUGUUGUCAAACUUUUUGGUUCCGCGAAAGCGAAAAUUAAUCCAAAUGAAAUAUAUACACUUUAUUAUGCUGGAUUAUAUCAAACCUUUGUUAAAAAGGCAUCAGGAAUCCAAAGAAAAUUUGAAAAAUAAAGGCGACUCCAAAAUGGACAAUAUACAAGAACAAAGACAUAACAGUUCUGGUAUGGGUGAUUUCGAUUAUAGAAAUUGUCCUAUAAGUUUAAACUCUGAAGACGAAGAAUACGAUCAGAUGUCGAAGAAAACGCAAAGUUUACUCAGUAAAAUUAACAAUGAACUGCGAACAGAUUUUGAAGAGCGUAAAUAUCUUGAAGAGAGGUUGAACAACUUAGAAAAAGAAAUGGAGAAAAGAAAUGAAGUAUUACAACUUUGUACAAAUUUUUGUGAAGAUGGAACGCGAGAGAUUAAGAAAUGUUCAGAAAAAAUACAAAGGUUUGAUAAAACAAUUAGUCAUCAUGAAGAAAUUUUAGAUUCUUGGCAGUGUCUUAUUGAUGAAUUUAGACGGAUACCAGAAGACAGUUGUCAUUGUCAUUAAAAUUAUUAUUAUUUCAGGUAGUGUGAGAAAUAUCUUGUUAAAAAUGCACAUUUAAUGUAUCAUUAUUAUUCUGUGAAUAAAUUAUUUUUAUCACUUAA